AUGAUGUUAUUAAUAUGGUGUAUAUUUUCAUUUAAUUCAAUUAUUAUACACGGAGCUAUUCUUCGUUUACCAUCUAUCACUGUUAAAGAACAAAGUUCAAUUGGCUCAUCUGUCAGUGAUAUUAGUCGAACAUAUUUAAAUCGUUCACAAAAAUUACGAUAUACAUUUUUAUCUGAAACAAGUCCACAUAAUUCCUAUUUUAUUAUUGAUAGUUUAACAGGAAAAAUUUCUAUUAAACGAGUCAUUGAUAGAGAAGAAUUAUGUCGAACAAAUACAUGUAAUUGUGAAAAAUGUAUAUUAAAUUUAGAAAUUGUUGCUUCAGCUGAUACAGUUGAUAUACUUUCAUUAGAAGUUUUAAUUGAAAAUAUUAAUGAUCAUGAUCCCAUGUUUCCUGUUUCAACAUUUAUCAUACGAAUAUCAGAAAAUACAGAUAUUGGUUAUAUGGCAUCAUUUCCAUCUGCUAUUGAUCUUGAUUAUGGACAAGGUCAAUCAUCAAAUUAUUUACAAUAUAAAAUGUUAUCAAUUGAAACAAAUGAUAAAGAUUUAGAUGAAACAUUUCAAAUAAUUGAUUUACAUACAGAAAAUCAACUUGGUUUAAAAUUAUUAAAAAAAUUAGAUCGUGAAAUACGUAAUUUAUAUCGUAUGAAAAUAAUUGUAUUUGAUUCUAUUGAUGAAAAUCAACAACGUACAGGUAUAUUAUUACUUGAUGUACAAGUAUUAGAUUCAAAUGAUAAUUUACCAAUAUUUGAACAUGAACAAUAUCAUAUUAAAUUAAGAGAAAAUACUCGUAUUGGAACAGAAAUACUUCGUGUACAUGCUAUUGAUAAUGAUGAUGGUUUAAAUUCAUUAAUUAAUUAUACAAUUGUUAUUAAUAAUAGUAGUAUUCUUUAUCAACAAUUAUUACCAUUUUCAAUUAAUAUUUCAACGGGUAUAUUACGUUUAGAUAAAUUACUUGAUUAUGAAACAGAAACAAAUUAUCGUUUUUCUGUUCGAGCUCAAGAUAAUGGUCCUGAAUCUGUAAAUGUUUUUUGUCAAAUAAAAAUUGAUAUACUCGAUGUUAAUGAUAUGGCACCAGAAAUAGAUUUUAUUUUAUCAGAUAAUGAUGAAUGGAAAAUUGAUAGUAUAAAUAAUAUUUUUUAUAUUAAUGAAGAAUUAAAAUUAUAUACAAGAUUAUUUCAUAUAAGUGUUAGUGAUAAAGAUUCAGUUAAUGAUAAAGUACAAUUAAAUUUAUUAAGUUAUACAAAUUUAUUUCAAUUAAUUGAACAAUAUACAGAUUUAUAUUCAUUACAAAUUAUUGGACGAUUAGAUAGAGAAAUACAAAGUGAAUAUAAAUUAAUUUUUGAAGCAAAAGAUCAACCAUCUCCCGGAAAUGGUCCGUCAUUGUCAACUCAAAAACGUCUUACAAUUAUUUUAUUAGAUAUUAAUGAUAAUUAUCCAAUUAUUGAAAAAUUACAAUAUCCUAUAAGUGUAAUUGAAAAUAAUUCUAUCGGUGUUAAAUUGAUUCAAUUUCAAAGUUCUGAUAUAGAUUCAACAGGUAACAAUAGUUUAUUAACGUAUACAUUAGUUUCAUCAAAUGAUUCACAAUGUUGUUUAUUGGAUUCAAAAACUGGUAUUCUCUAUGCUAAUAUGACAUAUGAUUAUGAAAAACAGACAAUUUAUUAUUUAACAUUACAAGUCAAUGAUAAUGGAAAACCACCAUUACAUACAUUAAUGGAUUUUCAAGUAUAUAUAAAUAAUUCAAAUGAUAAUAGUCCAAUAUUUAAACAAAAAAAUUUUACAUUUGAAUUAUUUGAAAAUGUACCUAUUCAUACGUACAUUGGACAAGUAAAUGCAAUUGAUUUGGAUUCGGGUGAAUAUGGUAAAGUGAAAUAUGAAUUAUUAUGUACUCAAUUGUAUAAUGAACCCGAAUAUAUUGAAAUAUCACCAAUAACAGGUGUAUUAAGAACAAAAACAUUAUUAGAUUAUGAAACACAUCCCGUACAUAAAUUAUAUGUUAUUGCUAAAGAUAUUAAUGGACAGUCAGAUACAGCCUUGAUAACAAUCAAUAUUCUCGAUAUUAAUGAUAAUUCACCUCAAAUUGAUUUUCCAACAAGUAUCAAUAAUCUUGUUUAUAUAUCAAGUGAUUUAUUAAAUCAAAAUUAUUCACAAACAAUUUUAAUUACAAAAAUAAUUGCUAUAGAUCGUGAUCAUGGACAAAAUGGAAAUUUAUCGUAUACAAUUGAUGAUGGUAAUACAUUUAAUUAUUUUCGUAUUAUUGAAACAAAUGGAACAAUAUUAGCACAAUCUGAUAAUUUACCAUAUGGUCAUCAUCGUUUACGUAUACGUGUAACUGAUCAAGGAUGGCCAAGUUUAAGUACAUUGACAUAUUUAAAUAUUAAAGUUGGAGAACAUGUAAAUAUAAAACAUUUUCAAUUAGUCAAUACUGAACAACAAUUAUUAUCUGAAAGUAGAACAGAAACAACCAUAACAACAAAUAUAAAUAAUAUUUUAACAAAAGAAAUGUUGUUUGUUGUUAUAAUAUCAUCAAUAUUAACUUUAAUAUUCAGUAUCAGUAUUGGCAUAUUAAUUACAUUAUUAUGUAAACGAAAACGUUUUCAUAUGUUGAAAUCAAUUGAUUUAUUAUCAGAUGGUGAUAAACUGUUAACAGUUGGUACAACAACGACAAAUGGAACGGAUAUUAAUAAUAAAACAAAUACAUUGAAAGUUCCAUUAAAUAAUCAACAAUAUGAUAAUGGCAAUGGGGAUUGUGACGUAUCAAAAGAUGGUAACAAAGGCUACGAUGAUAUACUCGGCAUGGUGAUUAAUUCAGAAGAUAGUUGUUAUGGAAGUAACGAUUUAUCACGAUCUUCCUCUAGUGCUCAUGGUGUAGCCAUCGCUAGUACCCGACCGCUCUUAAACACUUAUCAUCGUUCAUCGAGUUUAAGUUCAACAUCUGUCGAUUAUGCAGUACCUAUACCUCGAAUAAAUAAAAACAAUGUUCUCGUUGGUAUUCAUAAUUCGGAUAAUAUUAAAAAUGAUAUAGAUAAUAAUACUCAACAGCAGCAACAACAACAGCAGCAAAAUCUAUCGACAACAUUUCAUUCUCCGUCAUCAACACCAGUCAUUAUUGAUCAUCCGAAACAAUCAACAUGUCUGCUAUUUGAUAAUAAUAAAACGAGUUUACAUUCGACAUCAGAGAAAAACAUAAAAAACUCAAAUAGUAUUAAUACGAUUAGUUCGAAUAAUUAUCACGGUGUUAAUUUGAAAAAGACGGUUGCAGCACUUAAUGCGAGAAAAACGAUUAACAAUAAUAGUAAUAAUAGUGAUUUAAUGAAUACGUCAACGUAUUUACCUUAUGAUUCAAUCGAUUAUCAAUUAGAUAAAUCAUUUGUUGAUAGUAACAAUCGUGAGUAUAGCAUUUGA